AUGGAGAGCGGUGCGGGGACAGCAUCAAGUGAUCCGCGUAAAGCUCAUCGUGAGCGCUCUGCUGGUCCCAAAAAGGACAAGAAGUCCAAGAAGAAACAGAAAGGAGCUGCUCCUCAAAAGGGAAAUAAUCCAAAGGCAAGUUCCUUGACAUUAAAGGCUCAAAAGAAUGCAGAACGAAAUGUCCAAUUGGAACAAAAGCGACUUCAUGUGCCAUUGAUUGAUAGAACACCUGCUGAACCACCACCAGUUAUCGUGGCUGUUGUAGGACCUUCAGGAAGUGGCAAGACUACAUUGAUCCAGUCGUUGGUCAAAAGAUUUACAAAUCACAAUUUGAAUGACAUUAAAGGACCUAUUACUGUCGUAUCUGGCAAGAAGAGGAGACUGACAUUUAUCGAAUGUAACAACGAUUUGAACUCCAUGAUUGAUGUUGCCAAGAUUGCGGAUCUUGUAUUGCUCCUAAUUGAUGCUUCGUUUGGGUUUGAAAUGGAAACAUUCGAAUUCUUAAACAUCAUUCAAGUCCACGGCUUCCCGCGAGUAAUGGGAGUCCUAACGCAUCUCGACAAGUUUCGACACAACAAGACUCUUAAAAAUACGAAAAAGAAACUAAAGCAUCGUUUCUGGACUGAAAUCUACCAAGGUGCCAAACUCUUUUAUUUAUCUGGACUGAUUCAUGGACGAUACCCAAAGCAAGAAAUCUUGAAUCUAUCGAGAUUCAUAUCUGUGAUGAAGUUCCGACCUUUGAUUUGGAGAAAUUCGCAUCCUUAUGUGAUAGCUGAUCGAGUAGAGGAUGUUACGGAUCCUGAGUUGCUUCGAACGGAUCCUAAAGUUGAUAGAACUGUUACUAUGUAUGGAUAUUUGAGAGGAGUGAAUUUAAAGCCGGAUUCAAAGGUACAUAUUCCUGGUGUCGGUGACCGUGUCAUAUCAGAAAUGACUGCUCUACCAGAUCCAUGUCCGCUGCCCGACAAAGUCCGGAAAUCCUUGUCAGACAAGCAAAAGAUGAUUUAUGCACCCAUGUCUGAUGUGGGUGGUAUUUUGUAUGAUAAAGAUGCUGUCUAUGUCAAUGUUUUGGGAACGUUUUCGAAGAAGGGUGACAAGGAUGAUUCCCAAAGAGGACCAGGAGAAAAAAUGGUCAUGAAUCUACAAGAUGCUCCGUCUACAUUCGCUGAUACUAUAGAGAAGUCUGAGCUUCGCGUCUUCUCGUCAUCGACUCCUAUGAGAGCACGAGACUUGAAGGAAGAAACAGUCAACGAUGACAAUGGAAAGAAGAGACGUCGUGUCGUGUUUGGCGAUGAAGGCCAAGACGACGAUAAUGAAGGUGAUGACCAAGAAGAAGACGAAGAAGAUGAUGUAAAUGGUGCUAUGGAUGUUGAUGGAAAUGAAGACUUUGAGCUCGAAGCCGACGACGAUGAAGAAGAGCUAGACGAUGAAGAGGGCGAUGCUCAACAGGACUAUAACGUCGAUGUCGAUGAAGAGCCAGAUGAAGACGAAAUAGCAUUUGCCGAAUCUGAUUCAGAACUUGAUGAAGAUGAAGACGAUCACGGCUCAAUGACAGAUUCUCCAAAGUGGAAGUCGAAAUUGUCUGAGAAAGCGAAAUCAUCAUUUAUGGGUCUUACUGCUCGUAAAAAGACUCUAAUGGAAAUAGUAUAUGGUCCCGAAGAUGCAAGCGAUGAUGGUGAAGACGCUAGUGAUGAUGAGGGAGCAGUGCAUGACGAUGCUGAUGAGGGCGGUCUUUUCAAAGUCAAGGCACCUAAACAGAAACGAGUAGAUAUCAUGAUGAAGUUUGAUACUUGUAAAGUUGAAGUGCCUACAAAGGAGCUGGAGCAAUGGGAAGAUGAAGAGGUGCUUGAUUCCAUCCGACAUCGUUUCAUCACUGGCGCCAAACCAUCAAACACACCCGCAUCAUCAAAUUCCAAUACUAAUGCCGAUGAUGAAGAAGACUAUGGAGACUUUGAAGAUCUCGAAACUGGCGAAACAGUCAAACCACCACCACAACCAGAACACCAAGAACCAGACGAAUCUCACGAACCAAGCCAUGACGAUAUAGCAGCCAAGAAGGCCCGUCUCAAGGAAAAAUUCGAUGCAGAUUACGAUGGUCAUGGAUCCGAUGACGACGAUUCGAAAAAGGAUAACUUAUAUGAAACAUUCAAGGAAGAACAAACGCGACAACAGUUAUUAAAUAAACAGGAAUACGAGGCUGCUGAUAUGGACGAUGAUACAAGAGUAGCUGUACAUGGAUAUUUACCAGGCACAUAUGUUCGUCUGGUGAUUCGUCACAUGCCGUGUGAAUUCAUCCAGCACUUUGAUCCUACGUAUCCUGUUUUGAUGGGUGGGUUGCUGCCUUUUGAGGAGAAUUACGGAUUUGUACAGGUUCGAAUCAAGAGACAUCGUUGGCACCGACGAAUCCUGAAAUCCAAUGAUCCGUUGGUAUUUUCAGUUGGAUGGCGUCGUUUCCAGAGCCUUCCUAUAUACUCCAUCAAUGAUGGGACUAGGAAUCGAUUGCUCAAGUAUACGCCAGAGCAUAUGCAUUGUCUGGCUACCAUCUAUGGUCCAAUAACACCACCAAAUACUGGAUUCUGUGCAUUCAAGAAUGUUUCUGAUGCAUCUCCUUCAUUCCGAGUCAGUGCUACAGGAGUAGUCCUCGACAUCAACCAAACUGUCGAAGUGGUCAAGAAACUGAAACUGACUGGCUCUCCAUACAAGAUCUUCAAAAACACUGCCUUCAUCAAAGACAUGUUUACGUCUGCUCUGGAAGUAGCCCGAUUUGAAGGUGCAAGUAUUAGGACCGUGUCUGGUAUUCGCGGACAAGUCAAGAAGCCUGCUUCGAAACCUGAAGGUGCCUUCCGAGCUGCUUUCGAGGAUAAGAUUCUUAUGAGUGAUAUUGUAUUUUUACGAGCAUGGUAUCCCAUCAAACCCAAAAAGUUUUGUAAUCCCGUCACGUCUCUACUCUUGUCAUCAAAGACUGAAUGGCAUGGUAUGAGACCUGUAUCUGAGCUGCGUAAAGAAGCUGGUAUAGAAGUUCCUCUGAAUCAGGACUCUUUGUACAAGCAAAUCGAACGAAAAACACGUCGUUUCAACCCCCUCCAAAUCCCACGAAAACUACAAGCAGACCUCCCCUUUGCCUCCAAGCCCAAACUCCUCAAAAAGCGAUCUCAACCAGCCCUCCUGGAUCGUCGUGCCGUCGUACUCGAACCACACGAAAAGAAGGUUUAUACUCUACUACAGGAACUAAACACCAUCAAGAACGAAAAGGCACUGAAACGUAAAGCAUCGGAUGAUGCUAGACGGGAUGUGUAUCGCAAGAAGCAAAAGAAGGAGGAAGAUUUCCAGAGUAACAAGAAGAAGGAAAAGUUGAAGGAGAUCUUUGCCAAGAGGGAUAAGAGUGAGAAGGCUGCUGCUGCUGGUGCUAGUGGGGCUAGAGGACGUGGGCCGAGAAGGGAGUUUUAG